AUGCCACCCCACACAACUGGAAACCUCUCCGGGGUCUCCCAGCAGGAGUUUGUGCUGGUGGGAUUUGAGGGUGGCCCUGAGACCCAGGCCCUGCUCUUUGUGGUGUUCCUGGCCCUGUACGUGGUCACCAUCCUGGGGAACCUCACCAUGAUCGUGGUCAUCACCCUGGAUGCCCACCUCCACUCCCCCAUGUACUUCUUCCUCAAGAACCUGUCCUUCCUGGACCUGUGCUACUCGUCCGUCAUCACUCCCAAUGCCCUCGCCAACUUCUUCUCCUCCACCAAGAUCAUCACCCUCAUGGGCUGUGCCUCCCAGUUUUUUUUGUUCUUCUCUCUGGGUAGCACUGAGGCUUUCCUGCUGGCCGUCAUGGCCUAUGACCGCUUCAUGGCCAUCUGCAGCCCCCUGCACUACCCCAUCACCAUGCGCCCUUUGACCUGCACCUGUCUGGUGCUGAGCUCCUACUGUGGAGGCUGCCUCAACUCCAUCGUGCAGACCAGCUUCACGUUCCGUCUCCCGUUCUGCAGCUCCCACCGGAUCAACCACUUCUUCUGUGAUGUGCCCCCACUGCUCCAGCUCGCCUGCACGGACACAACCCUCAAUGAGCUAGUCAUGUUUGGACUCUGUGGGUGCAUCGCUGUGGGCACCACAUUCGUGAUCCUGGUGUCCUACAGCUUCAUCACCAUGACUGUCCUGAAGAUGCGCUCUGCGGCCGGGCGACGGAAGGUCUUCUCCACCUGUGGCUCCCACUUGACUGCAGUCUCCCUGUUUUAUGGGACCGCGUUUGUCAUUUAUGCCCAGCCAGGAGGUGUGGAUUCCUUGGAGCAGGGAAAGGUAAUGUCCAUUUCCUACACCCUGGUCAUCCCAAUGCUGAACCCCCUCAUCUACAGUCUACGGAACAAGGACGUGAAGGAGGCCCUGCGGAGGCUGGGGCAGAGACAUGCAGCCACGUGA